AUGGCUUCAUCUUCAGGACAGAAUAGGGUCAUUCAUCCUGGACCAGAUGAUCCUUCAUUAUUGCAUUUACAGAAUAUUUAUGUGUCUGAACAUAUUUGGGAUGGUCGAGAUCAUCCUAUUUUGAAGGUUAGGAAGAGUCAAUUUAUUCCAGCUGGUUUGGAUGGUGUUCCAGAGGAGAUCCUUCCACAUUUAGAGCUUGCGGGAUUUACUGGGAUUGCUCACGAUAUAUCUGUGUUGUUAGGCUUACGGAUUGAUGGAAGACCUGUGAUAGCACCUAUUGGAGGUAAUUAUGCUGAUAUUGUUGAGGAGAGCCUAAGGAUUAGACCAUCACGUGCAGAUUUUGUUGGUAGCUUCUUGAAGACGAGUUGGCUAGACCAACAUUUUACCCAUGUGGCGAUGCAUGCACAAAAUCCUUUACAGAUCACCCAAUUUGCUAGGGCUUAUAUGUUGCGGUUGAUUGGGAGUUUUAUGUUGAGUGAUCACUCCAGCAGUAGAGUCUCAAUAAGUUGGGGGUCUGCAGUAUUGGGAUUUUUGUAUAGAGAGCUGUGUAUGGCCACCAAUAUUGAUCAGCAUGGUUUAGGUGGAUUAGCUGCAUUACUUGUGAUAUGGGCAUGGGAUAGAUUUCCAUUUGUAGCUCCUGGAAACCCGCUUCACACACGACUCCAUCUUCCAUAUGCUACCAGGUGGUUAGCCAAUCAAAGGAAUCGGAAAGGGAGGAAAGACAUAUCUUAUUAUAGAUAUAAAUUUGACAUGCUUAGUGGUGAAGAGAUAAUUUGGCAACCAUAUUCUAUUGAUUUGAUUAAUUCGUUACCAGCUAUAUGUCGUGAGGGGAUGGAGUUGUAG